AUGGCCUCUCGCUCAAAGCGCGAUCCCACGAUAUAUUCCUUUAUGAAUAGGGCUGAUCUAGUCGAGGAACUUCUUAAGGAGGAUGGAUUCACAACCUGGGGCUUCGUGAUCUUUUAUUGUAUAUACUAUAACGACUCUGACCGGGAGAAUUUCAUAGCUCAUAUGGUCGGUGCUGUCUCAGAAGACCUUAAGGAAUACAGUGGCCUUAAUCUCUUCGAUAAAUUCGCCCUAAAGAUACUAGAAGAUCACUCCUUUGAGUAUGCUACAGUUACCACCCUACGCGAGUACUUCUAUUAG